UAAAAUUGUCUCGUUGCGGAAAAUUCACAUUCAGUAGUGAACGACUCGUCCGGUAAACCAUUUGGUAGACGCGCCACAGCAGUGAAAGUGAAAAACUACGGACAGAAAAGCCUUCAGUGCUCUCUUCUCGGGUUCCGAUCCACAUUCAGCCACGAGAGCAUCCAGGUUUCUUCUUCGGAGUCUGUUGAACUUUUGCAUUUUGCGUCGCAUUUGUGCACGGUUCGUGUUAAAACUAGCUAACUAACCCUUCUUCUGCUUCAAACUAACCUUCAAGAGACAACAAGCACCCAAUCCAACUAGCCAUCAUGAGUCGUCGUCCUGGAUUACGCACCCGCGUAUACGCCUCCAACCUUGGUGUGGUGGAAAACAACUACAAGGAAGCCAUGGCCAGACUCGAGAAAAGCCGCCGACCCGCGUCAGCCGAUCGCGAAGCCAGCGGCCGUUUGUCGCCCUUCCCCACCCGGCCAGCAUUCGAUUUCAAUGGUGCCGAAUUCGACGAGGAUCUGCAGGCGGCCCGUUCCCGUGCUUCCCGGGUAAUCCAUGAAAAGUCCAUCAUCGAUUCACGCUCGGAUCAGCUGCGCAGUCACAGCUUGGCCCCGGUGACCCCGGUGAGCAGCGCCCUACUGGAGAGUGAAUUCGACGAUCAGGUUCAAGCAACUCUCAAUCGGAUUCGUGCAAAUAAAAAUUUCUUGAGUCAGCUUCAGUCCGAAGAUGCUUUGGAACAGGUCCGUUCGGAAACCCGGUCCAAGUUGAGUGAACAAACUAGCAGAAAAUUGGCGGAAAAACUAUCCAGCCUAGAUGACAUUGAUGAUUUUGCUGACGGCACGGAAAAGUCUGUGAGGAAAACUCUGAAGAUUAGAGCAUCCGCCGAUAACGCCCGGAGUGCCCUCAAGUGGAAAGAUGAAACGGCGGAAACGUUCGCUGCCAAGCGUGCCAGUGCCACCAAGGCUCGCCUCCAGGAUCUCGAUCAGGAGAUGCAGGAGUUCGAGGAGAAACAAGCCGCCCGAGCUCGCCGUUCGGCUCAUCUCAAGAAAGUGCUGGCGGAGGUGGCCUGCGAUGAACUGAUUCCGGCCACGACCACCGAACAGGCGGGAACCAAGGUCACCACCGGAAUGGUGCGAUUCAAAGCGCAGAAGAAGGUUGUUUCGUUCUGAAGACAGUCACCGGUAGAGUUAGAAAUUUUUCAAUCGGUUAUGCCUUCGUGUAUAUUAAAUGUAUAAAAUUCUGAUACGAAAUGUUACAAUUUUUUUUAGUCUGGCCCGUAAGACGUUCGGCACCACUCGGUAUGAAUUGUUAUUGCUUUUCCCCUCCCCCACGAACCUCGGUUGUCUCGCAUUCGCUAGAGAGUAUGAAUAAAUAUUACUAUUGUUAAGUCACAGAUAACAAAUAAAAAUAGAAUAAUAGAAAUAGCCAGCACGUUCCUUGAGACAAUGAUUCACAGAAAUUGUUUUCCGAGGCACCGAGUUGUCAUGCUCGAUCAUCGAAAAGACCCGUGUGCAAAGUUUCCGCACAUGACAAUUUUGGCCUCUCUGAUUUCAACUCUUAGAUUAUAUUGUUUUUGCUCGUGUUCUGUCAGGUAAAGAAAAAUGAGGUAGAUUUUCCUACGAGACCGAUUGCACAACAGAAUCAACAAAAUCGGAGACCUUAGCGAUUAGCGGACUGUCGCCUGAGAGAUACUUUUUUCUUGGUUAUAAUUUUAGAAAUCUAGAUACAACUAGCCAGUAGUAACUUUCAACAUUUUGUAUCAUGCUUCAACUACUUAUGUAAGAUGACUUUUAAAUAAACAAAUAUUAUAAAUUC